AUGAUGAAACUCGGCCAACUCAGCAAGUUUCUACCGACAGAGAGACGUGUGGAGGACAAUGUCGACAAUCUAGAGACGGAGCGAGAAAGAGAUGAGGGGGAUUUCCCGCUCGAGUACCGCGACGAAACCAACCGACCUUGGUGGAAGUUCUUUGACGAGUACGAGUACCGGAUGAACAAGUACGAGAGAGCUUCCCACAAGUGGUUCAAGUGGUUCGACGAGAGAGACACAAGGUCAGACAAGAAGUUGAUUUGCAAACUCGACAUUCUGUUGACAGUUUACUCACUAAUGGUGUAUUGGGUCAAGUACCUGGAUCAGACCAAUGUCAACAACGCCUAUGUGAGUGGAAUGAAGGAGGACCUGGGAUUCAAGGGUAACGAUCUAGUGCAUGUCCAGUCCAUGUAUCUAGCUGGAGCCGUCAUAUUCCAACUUCCCUUCAUGUUCUUGCUUCCCAGAGUCCCUCUGAAUAUUGUCAUUCCGGCUGUGGAUUGUAUGUGGGGAUUGAUGACUCUGCUGACCUGCAAAGUGCACUCGGUGGGUGCUCUGAAGGCGCUGCGAUUUCUGGUUGGAGCUUUCGAGUCCGGCUUUAUUCCCACCAUCUAUUACCUCAUGGGCUCAUGGUACAAGCCCUCGGAGGUGGCCCGAAGAGCUGGUUUCUUCUACAUGGGUCAAUUUCUGGGGUUGCUGAGUUCCGGCCUGCUAGCCAGUGCAGCUCUGAAUCUCGACGGAGUGGGAGGCUUUGAGGGCUGGAGAUGGGUGUUCAUCGUUGACUCCAUUUGUACUCUCCCUCUGGCUGUUGUAGGGUACUUCAUCAUCCCUGGAACGCCAGACAAAUGCACUUCUCUGUUUCUGACUGACGAGGAAAUCAUCCGAUGUAGGGAACGCAAGAAGCCCUUUGUGACGGAAAAGAAGGGCCAGCAACUCAAGAAACUGACGGAUUGGUCACUAUGGAAACCACUACUCACCUCCUGGCAUCUCCCGACCGCCAUUCUCAUCUCCUGCUUCUUCUACAACAACACCAGUGGAAACGCGGGCACCUUCAUUCUCUGGUUGAAGAGCCUGACUGAUUCCAAUGGAAACCAAAGAUACACCGACCAGAAAGUCAACCAGCUCAGCACAAUUGCUCCUGGUCUAGGUUUCGCCUAUGUCUACCUGGCAUCUCUGUUUGGAGACCUUGCACGAUGCAGAUGGGGCGGUAUAGUGAUCACUCAGAUGUUCAAUUCUAUCGGAGCAGUGAUUCUGGCUGUCUGGGACGUUCCAGAGGGGGCCAAAUGGUUUGCCUUUUGUCUCCAGUACAUCUCCUGGGCCAUGAGUCCUAUCAUGUACACUUGGUGGGCAGAUAUCAUGAGACGAGAUCCACAACACUACGCUAUAGUGCUUGUCAUGAUGAAUAUGCUGGGCCAGAGUUCAUCAGCAUGGGUGUCGGUGCUUGUAUUCCCCACUUCUGAAGCUCCCAGGUUCAGAAAGGGAUACGGAACUUGCGCAGCUUGUGCCUGUUGUUGCGCGAUUAUGGCGGUAGUCAUUUUGUACUUUUAUAAGAGAGACGAGAAGCGAGAUUGUCUGCGAAACGGAAUUCUGCUGGUGAAUGAUAAUGAAGAUAAUGGCGACAAAACUGGCAAGGGAGUCGUUAUUGAGGGUCUUUCUGAGAGCUUUGAUGAAGAUACUGGAGUUGCGAAGAAGCUUGAAGUCGAAAAGAUCAGAGAAGCCAGUGUUAGUGACGAAAAUGUCAGCAACCUGUCGUUGGUGGUUAUUUGA